UGCGUGAUAGCUUUGAUGUUCUUCCAGACUUGCGAGACGAGGAGGCAGAUCGAUCUUUGCUUGACUUCUGGCCACUGGUCAGUCUUAUAACAUCAAAGAUGGGACGGACUUGCCCUGGAAACAUGAGAGCUCUUGUUUGCUUGACGCUACAUCUUGUUAGCCAAUGUUUGCUCCGCAUGAUAGGCUCACAUUGUGCUGAGACGAACUUGGCUGCAACUGAAUAUGUUAGUGAGGUACAUCGGGCAGAAGGAGGAGCCCACAACUCUCGAUGCAGCCUAAGCUUCCCAACGUUGUGGUGACGCCAUGUGAUCGUCCUAUCUUGCGCAUCGACCACAAUCUGGUGAGUGUCUAUCAGUUACCGUGCAUGUGCAGUGAUGUUAUUCCCAUUGCGAGUUGUAGUGUCUUUGUAGAGGGACUGUCGGUUCUAGAGAAGCCAUGCGACGUGCGCUUGGAUCUUGAUGGUAUAUCGAUACGCUCAAUAGAUCCUGCAAGCCUGUUGUAGUCGUCGAGACUGUCUGUGGGAGACUCCUCUUCCUAUCUAGGUCAGUCGAAGGUAUCGAGCUUGUAGCGUGCACUGCUCACGCGAGUAGAGGACGACAUGUCUUGAGAAGA